GGAGGCGCUGGGCCCGCCCCGCCGGCAACCCCACCGACUUCCUCCGCCGCGGGCGCUGGCCGAGCCAGAGGGAAGGCAGGCACCAUGAGCACGGGAGACACCGUCUGCACGGGUUGGCUGGUCAAGUCGCCCCCUGAGAGGAAGCUGCAGCGCUACGCCUGGCGCCGGCGCUGGUUCGUGCUGCGGCGGGGCCGGCUGAGUGGCGACCGCGACGUGCUGGAGUACUACCGCAGCCAGCGUGCCAGCAAGCCUAUCCGCGCCAUCGACCUCAGCGAGUGCGCCGUCUGGAAGCAUACGGGCCCAGGCUUCGUUCGCAAGGAAUUCCAGAACCACUUCGUGUUUAUUGUCAAGACCACGUCUCGCACAUUCUAUCUGGUGGCCAAGACGGAGGAAGAGAUGCAGGUGUGGGUGCACAGCAUCAGUCAGGUCUGCAACCUCAGCCACCUGGAGGACAGCACAGAUUCCAUGGAGAGUGGCUGUCGCGCCCCCUCCUCCGCACAGCCCUCACCCUCCAGCUCCCUUCUCAGCAACCCUGCUGUCUGCUCCCUGCCAAGAGAUGACCCGAGCACUAGUACUGUAGCCACUGAGGAAACCAGAAGUGAGUCAGAGUUGCCCUUCCUUCCUGAUUAUCUGAUUCUAUCCAACUGCGAGACGGGAAGACUGCACCACACCAGUCUCCCCACCAGAUGUGAUAGUUGGUCAAACUCAGAGCGCUCACUGGAGCAGGCUUCGUUUGAUGACGUCUUUGUGGACUGCCCACAGCUGCCACCCUCUGGGAGCCUGGCCUGCCCUUCGCACCCCAGGAACGGGUCUCAGGAGGCCCCCUCCAUGAGGCCCCAGGCCACCCUGAUGUGGAUGAAAGAUGUCAAUGGCCCACCCAGGGACCACUUUUCUUUACCACUGGGGGAAACUUCCUUAAAUUCUGCCAUCCAGGUAGAUCAAAACCAAGCUUCCUUGCCCUAUGGGGUAAAAGAACUAGACGUGAUGUCUAACACACCCCCUCCUCGCCCCCCUAAGCCAAGCCAUCUCUCUGAAUGGUGGCACAAGGAGCAGUUCCUGUGCAGAGGGCCCAGUAGCCUCAAGAAGCCGGAAGGCACUGUGGUGCCUAGAAGAAUUUCCCUUUCCGGUUUAGACAACAUGAGGACCUGGAAAGCAGAUGUCGAAGGCCAAUCUUUAAGACACCGAGACAAACGGCUAAGUUUAAAUUUGCCAUGCAGGUUCUUCCCAAUGUCCCCGCCAAGUUCCACCAGCACUGAGGACGGCUAUGUGCCCAUGAGUCCCCAGACUGCCGCCUUUGCUCUCGGACCCCAUGACAGCUCUGAUGAUUACAUUCCAAUGAACUCAGGGAGCAUCUCCAGCCCCUUGCCCGAGCUCCCCGUAGACCUGGAGCCUCCCCCGGUGAAUAGAGAUCUCAAGCCUCAGAGGAAGACACGGCCACCCACCCUGGACCUGAAAAACCUCUCCACAAUCCGGGAACACACAUGUCUCACCAGGACCCACACUGCGCCUUGCAAUCGAACCAGCUUUCUAUCUCCAGAAAGAAAUGGUAUUAAUUCUGCAAGAUUUUUUGCCAAUUCUGUUUCCAGAGAAGAGGAAAAAAGCUACAUUCAAAUGGAGAAGCGCAGAGCUACCAACUCCUUGAGCAGUGGAGCUGUGACAUGGACGAGGAAAUUCAGCCUGGAUUAUUUAGCCCUGGACUUCAACUCAGCAUCACCAGCCCCUGUACAGCAGAAAAUUCUCCUAUCAGAGGAGCAAAGAGUGGACUAUGUCCAAGUGGAUGAGCAGAAGACACAAGCUCUUCAGAGCACAAAGCAGGAGUGGACGGAUGAGAGGCAGUCCAAAGUGUGACAGGGUCGGGCUGCAGGUGGGAGGCCAGGCUCACUUUGAGUUUUUCUGCUAGAAGCCCACUGAUGCUCAACACAGGUCAAGACACAGAGAGUCUUGAUGAGACCUUUUGGGAGAGAGGACAUUUGUACAUACUUACCAAGGAGGAGCAGAAGUGGUCUCCUCCCAGAGGGGCUCUCAGAGGGGCCAGCCCCUGCCCCGACCCCCACUGAUCAAAGCAUUUCUGGUCACAGCCACACGUGCCUCUGCUGAACCUCAGACCAGUGUUGUGUUGCCUCCACAGUCAUGAGAAGCAGAGAAAGAGGAUUUCACAGCCAUGGACUGGGAUGUAGAAAACUCCGUUUGGACAGGGUGGGAACAAUCAAAACGGAAGUUAGGUUAAACAUCUCCAGUGGAGCAUUUGAAGUGCACAUUAGAGCCGGUAUCACUGCCCACAAGAUGACAUCAUUUGCCUUCAACGCUUGAACUUUUGAUCUCUCUCCUGUGCUUCCACUGGAAUCAUAAAUUAUCCUAGGAGACGCGCACCUGGACACCUUGCCCCACUGGAAAACACAGUGUAAGAGACCAAGCCUAGGGAUGGUGAUAGAAUCUGUACUCCUUACUCCAAAGAAUCCGGCAGACAAGUAUUUCUGUCCCCCAAAGAAAGACAACACAAGUGACAGGGGCAUCGAGUCCUGGGCUCCACAAUGAGCAGAUCACAUGACACUGGUGGCUCUAAGAACAUUGUGCUUAAGCAGCCACCCAUGGCUGGUUGUCCCGUUGAUGUUGGCCUUUUCCCAGUGUUCUUUCACAUUCAUCAUCUCAUCUCUUCCCCUAAAAGAUCUCAGAAGUUAGGCUUGGCAGAGAUCAUUGCACCAGCUUUGAGGGAAAAGAUGCUAAGAGUUGGAAGAGGGAACACUUUGCCCAAGAUGAGUCAUGCUGAGAGAGUCAAUCAGGCUUCUACUGUCUCUCACUGCCUCAAUCAGUUAGGGUAAUUUUGGUGACCAGUGGGAAAUACAUGCAAACACGGGAUGGCUCAUCGUCCCCUCUCCUUUUCAUAGGAUUUUGAGCAGGUGCUUUUUAUAAUGGAAAGGUAUGCAUGUCAAACCAGGGUUUCUUCGUGUGGUGUUCAAACAGAACACUAGAACAUAAUCAGCAGUUACCAUCAGAGAUACCUCCUGAAAAUCAGUAUGAAGUCCGUUCUUGGUUCACGUGGUCCCCUUGCCAGUGCAUUUCCCAUGAACCACCCUGGGGAAGGCUAUCUCUGGCCAUCCUGUCCUGGACUCAAGCUUUCAAGUGGUGGCUAUGAUCUGAAAAAACCAAACCCAGCCAGCUCCAGUAUCAGGGGUCUUGCCUAACUUUCCCCUUCUGCUUUAGUGGUGACUAGGUCCUGAGAGGGCAAACAUUCCCACUGUGCAACGAGGGCACCUUGUCACCCCUUCCUUUAUGAGACACUGGGGUUCCAGGGAGAGGUCCAGAAAAAGGCUCAAUUGAGCACAGGGUUUUACUUAAUGCCAUUCCUGAUUGUUCUGAGCACCUGAAGCUGGAAGACAAAUCUGAACAACUGGGUAAUAAAUAGAGACUGGUGUCCUGCCCUGCCGCUGUGUCUUACACAUGGGGGCAGAGGAAGUAGGCAGGCAGGUCUAUGACAAUCAGCAUUAGUCAGGGCAAUUGUAGGCUUUGCUACAGGGUUUCAAACUGCUCCAAAGGUAAGUGUGAAAAUCUUGGUUUUUCAGACCAUUAAAGAAGUAAUUUAGAUGUUCAAAAUGACAGGAUCUUGUGACAUCAUUUUCUUCCCAGAGCAAGAUGGGGGAAAUUGCCAAGUUCUUUAACUAAGUUGAGUCCUUAGUGAGUCUGGAUGGAGCCACAAGAGGGCUCCUGGACCCCAUGGCCUGCUCCUCGGCCAGAGCCUGUUAAGGAGCUGCCUUCUUCGUGUGUGACUUGCAAACAGUCACAGGGCCUCAGGCAAGAAUUAAGGGGUACAGACAGCCAGUUCCCAUAGAUGGUGACUUCCUCUUAUGUGGGCCACCUGUGUUUAUAUCACUGCCUGACAAAGGCCAGUGCAGAAAAAAUUGUACGUCCAAGAGUCAAGAACCUCACCACAUUGAAGAUAGAUUGGAAAAGUAAAUGCAGCUGAAAUGAUGUCAGCAGUGAAAUGUCAUCCAAUUGACCAAAAAAUAUUUUUCUACAGAACGUUUCCAGGGACAUGUUUACUGCACUAAGCAAUAGACACUUGAGUGGUGUGACUUUUUUGGAAGUGAUUUGGGGUUUUUCAAAUAUCACUUCACCCUCAUUUUCAGAGUGUAUGCGUUUAUGUCUUGCUUUGAUAAAACUGCUAAUGGAUGCUAACAUACACAAAAACAUAAUGAUUCACGGACCCAAAAUACAGGUAGUUUUUGAGCUGACUGCAGCAUAUGCUCCUGAGAAAGACACUGUAAAUCACAAUGAUGGAUGCUAGCCAGAUCUUGUUUUCUGGCAGAGAUAAUCCACAUGUAAUAAAGAACUAUGAUUCUGAUGGGCUCUGAGGGAUUUUUUUUUAAGAGAUAAUCUCCAACACCAACUCAAGUGCACAUGGCAUGUCUAUGCACUGUGCAUAGUACACCUUUCUAGAAAAUUUAGGCAUGAACAUAAAGGGGAAAAGGCAUCAAUUAAUCCUCCAUUGUUUUCUGUAGUUCCCUUUUGCUUCAUUUCCUUCUGUCUCAUUUCAUUAGGAAAUACCUCCAGGUCAGGGGUUGUGGCAUGCCAAAAGGGGGACUAAAGGUUUUCAUGCCUGCAACUCCCUAAGACCACAAGCCCAGGAUGCUGGGAGUUAAACUUUCUGUGGGGAGGAGGAACUUGAUGCCCAGCACAGAGCCCACUCCAAGGGCAUCAUGUAAUCCGGGGGACUGACUGUCCAGGCCACUUCAUGAAGUAAACAGCAGCUGAAUUAUGGCCUUUAGGUGCCACGGGAGACUGAAGGUACCCUUCAGGCCUGGCUUUUCCCUCUCAAGACCUCAAACCAUGUUUGUAUCUGCAGUCAUGCUGAUUUUUAAAAAUUCACUGAAUUUUUACUAUUUCAUUUCUGGCAUUAAUAAAAGUUAUAAGGAAGAAUCA